CGUCAGUAAUACGAUUGCAGUAACAGAAAAUGAUGUCUGAACGGCAGGAAAGAGCCCUCAACAAGAACCUGGAUUUGGUAGAGCAGGAGGUAAGCCUGGCUGUCUUGACGUGGAUGAUGGAGGAGAUAAGACAAGUGAGAAGCAGCAGCAGCAGCAAUUGCAGACAAAUGACAGUCGGAAACCGAAAGUCUUACGACAGAAUAAAUGACAGAACAGCAGGCCGAUACCUUCAUGCAAUAAUUACAUCAGCUGCUCCAGCAGCAGGCUUACAAGAAUGGUGGGCGUGCGAGCGCCCGAGCGUCUGGAGGCUGGAGCUUUAUGUGCAUGGCUUCGGGCGUUAGAUACGGCUGUGGGGCGUGGGGAAGGGGUGCACGCCCCCUUAAGAGCCCCCCCAGCAUUGUUGACAGCGGCGUUGAAUCAAGGAGCUGCAGGUCUUCGAGAGGCUGUGUUGGCACGGCUGGCGGUGGCUGCAGUUGCAGCCGGGGUCAGUCGGCUAGAGGUUCACCUGGAACACCCAACACUGAUUGAAGCUUUACUGGAAGCCCUGAGCGCCCACUCCGCUCACAUCACCUCUCUGUUGCUCACACUUGGGCCCAGGACCGUUCUAAGGGGUUCAAUGUGUGUGGCAUUGAGAAAUAUGACCUGCCUUACCUCCCUUACCCUCACACCGGCGGCCACAGAUGCCCAUCUAGCAGCUUUAGCAGUCGCCGCGCCACCGCUCGAAACCCUUGACGUUUCCUACUGCACUGCCGUCACUGACAAGGGAAUGCGUGCUCUCCUGGGUGUUGCUGGAGACACGCGCACAAUGCGUGAGGUGAUGGAUGAUGGGUAUGAGGGAGGUGGGCAAGGUCCUGCUGCCACUCUGCACACCCUCAACCUGUGGGGCACAGAAGUGACCACCAGAGGGUGUGUUCUCUUGCUUUCUGUCUGCCCUGCCCUCUCAGCUCUCACUUGCCGCUGGUCAGAAGAGGCACUGGACCUGAUGGUGAGGGCCGGACGUGAGACUCCACUGGCACUCUCCCAGCUGCUGCUGGCUGAGGUUCCACUCCCACCACUUGCUCCAGUGGCCUCCUUGUGCCCUCUCCUGACUUCCCUGGUGGCCCGCCGCCCUUCUGACAGCCUAAGUGUGGGCCAGGUUUUGGAGGCAGUCCCCUCGCUGACAGCACUUACAUUAGUACAGUUCUUGCCGGUGCGUGAGACCUGGUUCCCCGCAAACCCUGUGCCGUACCUCACCUACCUUCACCUGUCACUGCUUGAUCCCCGCCCUAUUCACUUAUCACACCUCGCAGUCACCUGCCCUGCCCUCACUCACCUCUAUUUAGAGGGAGUCACACCGAUGUUAACUAGCCCAUACCCGCCUGUCCCUUCAUCCAAGUUAGGAAGUCUACGUAUUAUGACACUGCCCACGAUAAGUCAAGUGAUAGACCCGGAGGUAGUGGUGUGGGCAGUGGUGUGGGCGUGCGGUGCUUCCAGUAUUGACUUGGGCUCAUGCAAACACCUCACUGACCAGCACCUGAGCCAAGCUCUGGAUCGUGGUGCUCUCUUUCAGGUGGAGGAUUUGCGUCUGUCUGGCGCCACACAGGUGACGGAGGAAGGCAUCGAUAACCUGGUGAUGUCCUGCCCCCGUCUGCGUCGCCUUGCCCUCAAAAUGCUGCCCAAGGACCGCCUGGCCCAGUUAGAGUCCCUCAAGGUCAAAAUCCGGCAACAAAACCUUGAUCUUGAGCUUAUCACUUACGGUUGGAAGUUCUGAUAACCAGAUGUCUUUUUUUUUUCCCAUGUGAAUGACGGACAUCGUGUGCAUUGUAUACCUCAAAAUGUUUAUAAAUGAUCAAAACUGCAGAUUUAACUUUAAGGUACUGAAAAUAUGAAGGAAUUUGAUAGUAAAACUGUUUCCCAAGACAGAGAUCUAGUAUUAUUGCAUCGCGUUACAUUUUCUCCUCAACUGAAGUGAACAGAGACGAGAGUAGGGUCUCCACUAGACUGGCCUGAGGUGAAGCCUUUUGAAAUUUCCUCUAACUUGGGCAUGAAUUUUCGUGUUAAAAUUAUGUUACCAUUAUCGUAGCAUCUCUAUUUUUUCACUAAAUACUUAUGUUUAAAUUUCUUCAAGCUUCUUACAUAUAUGUAUCUUUUCCAAACACUGCAGUGGAAAAAGGCGUAAUACUGUCAACGGUUGUCCUUAGAUUUAGUUUUCACUACUAAUGUAAGUAUUGUAUCUGUAUAGCAUAUUAAUUCUCAGUCUUUGCACAA